AUGUUAGUGUCUGAGAUAAUCGAGCUGCUCGAGUCGACCGCGGCGGACUCGCCUCUCAUCUCCCCGGCGGCUCUCCUGGGCCGGGUGGAGGGCCUGCUGCUGCGAGGGACGGGGGCGACAAGCGUGGACGCCUUGCUCGUGGACCGCUGGUUCAACAAACUCUUGCACUUCUCACCAGCCACUGCUUCUGGGAGCGGCGACGGCGACGGGGAGGCGAAAGGGGCUCGAGCGACGCCGAUCCGAGAUCGCCGUUCGUUUUCUGAUGGCCACGGCGGUAGUCAGUGCCAAAAUAAGCUUAAACAGCAGCAGCAGCGGCAGCAUGAGGUUGCGUUUAAUACGAGGGCGGUGUGUGAUAUCGGCGAGGGAAUCGCAGGCAUGGCGGCGAUGACCGGACGGAAGUUGCAACUCAAGGAUUGCUCCACACGGCAACAACGGCGGCGAGGAAAGACCUUGUACGGCACCAAGUACACCAGCGGUAGCGUGGUGUGUUGGCCGGUCUCAGCGCUCCCUACUGAAGUGGGAGUUACGCGAGCGGAAGCAGAAACCUCCGCGUUGGAGCAGUUGGAGGACGUGGACGGAGAUGACGAAACGGAGGAGGCGAGGCCAUCGCCGGGCCCCGCGGAGAGGGUGCUAGCGGUGUUGCGGGUCCACUGCGUGGACGGCGUGCUCUCGGCAGCGGCGGUGGAAGCCCUGCACGGGUUAGGGAGACUGCUGGUGCCGCUGCUCACGGAGGCUCUGGCUCGUGACGAGGAGUACAUGCGCCGCCGCUCCACCGAGGCGCUGCUGUCGCUGAGCAGCAUCAGCCCGCGAGACGUGGGCCUGAUCGCGAUGGUCGAGGAGGUUGUCCAUGCGGCGCAGGUGAUGACGGAAGCGGAGAGGGUUCGCCUCUUCUUCGUGGACGACGCGGAGCACAAGCUGUGGGUGGCCACGUCGGUUGGAUUCGAGGACCCCAAGAUCAAGAUCGGGGAAGGCUUGUGCGGGCACGCGGCGGCGACCGGAAGGACCGUGAACGUGAUCGACAGCUGCAAGGACCCCCGCUCCGUCGGGCGGUGGGACAAGCAGACCGGCUUUGUCGCCAAGGGGUGGGCGGGUCAGCAAGACAUGAGCGGACAAGACGGCAGCAGUAGCAGUGGCAACGCUCGCACAACUACGCCGUCGCCAAACGACGACGAUGCUGAAGCCCGAUCGGCGGCGUCGGUCGUCGACGACUUCCGUUUGCGGCAUCGGCAGCAGCAGCAGCAACAGCAGCAACAGCCGGAGCGGAAUCCAUUGCCGUCGUUUCCGACGUCGUCGCGGCGUGGGUCGGCGGCGUCGGCGGCUGGAAGGGCGGCGGCGAGACCCCUGGCCGUGCUGCAGCUGAGCAACAAGCGAGGCAGGGGCGUCUUCAACGAGCACGACGAGAACGCGCUGUUGAGCCUCUGCGGCCGCAUAGAGCUGCUCCUCCGAGACAAGGCGGCGGAGACCGCCCUCCUCUUGUUGGGCAUGACCGAGCGCUCCCUGGUCCGCGAGAGCAACAGCCGCGGCGGCGCCGGCGGCGCCUGGUCCAACUACGCCCGCGUCCAGAGCGCCAUCAUGCAGCUCUACAGCGGGGCGAGGUUCCCGACCGACGCGGUCGCGAGGGGACGAGGCAGCGUCGCCCUCCGCUACCGCCGCUCCGCGAGCGACAGCCUUAUCGUCGUCGACACCGAUGUCGAACAGACCGGCGUGGAGCGCGACGGCACCGGCGGCGGCCAUGACCGACGGAAAACCGUCGUCUUCUCCGCGGAAGAUCGCGCUGCCAGCGGCGGCCACGGCGGCAGCGGCGGCGCGGGGGAGGGAUUUUCGAGCUCCGGCAGCGGCGGCAUCGGCGGCCGCGGCGGCGGCGACCCUGGCCGAGUACUCAGGCAGGAGGACCCUGCUGCUGCUGCUGCUGCUGCUGCUGCUGCUGCUGCUGCUGCUGCGCCGGAGGAAACCACACACGCGGAUUCGGAGCUGGUGGACCUGAGCAUGAACUUGUUUGACCUGAGCUCGCAGCAACUCCUGUCCUUGGUGGGGCGGUUCUUCCGAAGUAUGGAGCUGACAGACAGGUUUCAGAUUCCGGACAAGAAGAUGUGGAGCUUCUUGCGCGCGGUCGAGCGGCGGCAUCCGCCCAACGCCUUCCACAACCUGACCCACGCCGUCAGCGUCACCCACGCGUCCUUCACGAUCGUGAAGACAUCGCGGGCCGACUCGUUGCUCCGUCCGCUCGAUAAGCUGGGCCUCCUCGUCGCGGCGUUCUGCCACGACAUCGACCACCCAGGGAACAACAACGCCUACGAGGUGAACUCCGUUUCGCCGCUGGCGCUACAGUACGGCGACAGCUCGGUUCUAGAGCGCCAUCACGUGUUCGUGACGUACCAGGUGCUGCUGGAGGAAGGCGGGGCGAACAACAUCUUCUCGGGGCUGACUCGCAUCCAGUUCCGAGACGUCCGCCAGACCAUCGUGCAGGCCAUCCUCGGCACAGACAUGUCCGGCCACAUGCAGCACUGCGCGGACGUCUUCCAGUUCGCGCUCAAGGCGAGGAGGCUGGCAGCGGACGGCGGAGAAGGGCAAGACGGGCUGCUGAGGGUUCCGCAAAAAAAAUCCCAAGCCCGAGGAGGAGGCAUCGGCGCAGACCGCGCGGCGAAGAGCCACACCCGCCCGAAAGCGGCGGCCGCCUGUGACACGUCAGGGCUUUCCGAGGGUAUGGAAGGGGCACGCGGCGAGGGUGUGGUGUCGUUGGCGCUGGCGCCGGUGCCCCUGUCGGUGUUGCCGUCGCCACCGCCGGAGCAUAUAUUUAGCGUGGACAAGGCCGAGGACCGAUUGUUCCUCACCAAGACCAUCCUUCACUGCGCCGACCUUUCAGGGCAGUUACUGGACAACCACCUGGCCCUGGAGUGGGGAAGGAGGAUCCUGGAAGAGUUCCGAUUGCAGGCCAGGCUCGAGGCUAACACGGGCUUGCCCCGAACAACGGUGGCCAGCGGAGACCUGGAGACCACGAUAAAGGGGCAGCGCUUCUUUGCAGAAAAGAUCGUGAAGCCUCUGUGGGAGCCUUUCGUCGCGCUAUUUCCCGAGCUCAAGCCCCUCCUCAAGGGCCUCAACAGGAACUGCGAGUACUACCGUCAGGAGGGAUUGCGGCUUGAGCAGCAACGACUUUCAGCCGCCUCCGGCUCCCGACGCCCGCAACAGAAUGGACAGGAAGGAGGAGGAAGCAGUACAAGCGGCGACAAGAACGGCGUUCACGGCGACAAUGACGUCGGCGCCGACGCGGGCGUCGGCAAGGAAGCCGCCGCAAUGGCCUGCGGGCGAGAGCGACAGGCCAACCCCAACGACGGUGGCGGUGGUUAAGCGUCAACAUGUACAGUCAGCCCACUCACUCGCCCAGAAACACCGGGGCAGAUCAGGUGCGCGACGAGCGGCUGCAGUCUUGGGGGCGGCGAGCGGGGGGACGAGGGGAUCGGGACGAUCAGGUGUUUCAGAGGCGUCGGAGGAGGCAUGGAUAGACUGGUGUAAUGGCGGAUAGUUUGAUGGUCUUGGCCGCUUACCACCGUGUUGAGAAGUGAUGCCCUGUUUGAAAAGUUCGCCCUGGUUUAUUGGAGAACGACCGCGGGUUUCCAUCUGUAUCGAGAGGAUGACUUUGAGCAUGCGGGGCAACCCGAGGCUGUUCCGUCACCGGUACAAGAAACGUAUGUAAGCCGAAGUGGUGGGAUGUAAAUGUUGUGAAAAGCUCAACGUUGGUCUCAAGCCGAAGUCGUGGAAUGUAAAUGUUAAAAGCUCAACGUUGCUCUCCAAGAAAGACUCGGGAAGGAUUUAUGUUUUGUGCAGAGAAACAGGUUGUCACAAGAAUGGCUCGUCGCUAGGGUGUCCGCUUGCGAUGGCAUGCGCGACGUGUUGAGCAUGUGUUCGCUCGUACGUCUAGCAUACAUUGAACAAGGCAAGUCUUGUAGAUACCAAGAGGCACGUACCCACAGCCAACGUACAACAGCUGUGUGUACGAAGUCGAUGUGUUGAUAAGGUAUCGUUAAACAGUGCUAACAAUAGAGCUUACUUUACGCUGACGCGGUGUACGCGCCGCCUACCUUAGAAGUCAAAGGCUCAGCUGGCGUUUUUGUAUUGUUUGCGUCACGAGAUUCAUGUCCUUUUUCUUUCGUUCUCUCGGGAAGAAAUUGUCGUAUCGUUACGUGCCGUCGUCAUAAAGAAAAUAUUGUGUUGCGUGUCGUGGUCGCAGCAGGUGGCCCCGCCCAGCAGCUGGAAUGUCAUCUUGCAUGAAGCUGUCUUGUACUACAGAAAAUGUUCUGGUGUAUGGCGUUGGUUCGAUUAUUGCAGAUGGCAGAACAUUAAAUCAAUACGUACGGCGAGCUUGGUUUAUGGUAGCCUAGAGGAUGGGUUUGGUGUGGGUAUGGCUGUGGUGGUUAUGGUCGUACGCGGGAGUAGCACAGGAGUGUAGACUAGUCGUUUCGGCGAGACGAUCAAAGAACGGGCAAGGGUUGCUUUGCGCAUGAAGUAAUCAGAGUUUUGUAAGAAAGGGGAAAUGGUACGACUCAGCUAGGGUAAACAUGAGUAUGUGAGCGUCAUUCACCCCAUUCAGUCAGGUCGGCGUUAUUACCUCGUCAGGAAUGGGACGAGAAGUUUUUUUUGGUGGGAUCGUCACAGCAGCUAGCUUCCUCUGUCCCAUAGUCUAAGUCUGUAGCUUUACGUGUGAACAAGCACGUAACCGUGUCUGAUGCCUCUCCGUGGCUGCAGCAGAGGCUGUGAACGGGGCCGCCACUGCUGGUCAUGGAUCGUUGUUUCUGGAGUGGGGGUGCUUGCACAGCAGAAUUCUGGCAGUGUGAGCGCGCAAAAGAAGAAGACCAAAUGGAGCACCACGCGCCUGCAAAAGAAACACCACGGCAAGAAA